AUGGGCCAUCAUACCAUGCCUCUCCCUCGCAUCCCAGACCUGAGUCUCCCAUCUUUUCGAGAGCUCGACGAGUCUGUCGAAGCCAACAGGCUCAGCCAACCGAGCUCGCAUCUUUCUAACAAUAUGUACGAUGAAACAGGCGACAGUUCCUCGUCUUCGCCACAAAAAAUCAAUACCCUUGCCAACCCGUUCCCACCCUAUCCAGCUAAUGGAUGGCUCGUCCCGCCUGAUCCCAGCCAGAAUGUUUGUAUCCAUCCAUCUCUCCCUCGAGAUAUCAUUCUAAAUCUAGUCAGGCGUUUCGGGAGCCCGGAUUUACCUACCAAGACACAACCAUCUCACCCCUCAACUCCCUCUACCUCCGCGCAGACGACAUUCCGCGAGGCGCUAUCUCCAAGCACCCAGAUGUCAUCCACACCGGAGAAGAUCUACCCCAACGCGCCUCGACCAAUCUCAACGAAUCGGGUACCACCGAACAAGCAGGUCAAGCGUCAAAGCGUCAACCGCGAUGCAGCCGCAAACCACCGAGCCCAGAGACGGCGAGUCGGCGUUCACUUCUCAGAAGUAGCAGCCCACACGGCAAAGUGCGAUGUAUGCAACAAGCGCAACAAGAAUGGCAUGUCUCGCUGCCAGAACUGCGGCUGGCAAGUCUGCCGCAGGUGUCUGACCGACCGAAACGGAGACAGAACACAUGCUUCCUUUGGAGCUACUCAUGUCCCCGAGGGCGGUGGCGAUAUGCCGGUAUCUUCGCCAUCCAUGGUUGAGAAUCAGGAUCGCCAAUCUUCCGAGUCGAUUGCCGAAGUUAGGGCUGCGCAAACCCUGCUUGACAUUGGAUUUUUCGGUAACGGAACCGGAACUCUGAGUACCACCGGAGAUGUUCAAAAUACUGCAGGUGGACAGAAAGUGGCUCCUGCACGUGAGCGAAUCUUGAAGCAGCAGGUCGAUGCUCUCUCUACUGAUUCUGAUAUGACCUUGUCGGUUGGCGGAGACGAAGAGUGGGCUCAGGAUGAGUCUGAUAUCCCUAUUGGUGAGGACGGUCUGCCUAUUGGGUACAUCAUAACACGGCGCAAUCCUGCGCGUGCUGCGAGACCCUCUACCAAGAUGGCGGAGUAA